AUGGGUGAUAAAUCUGUGAGCACCAUUAGCUUGAAGGCCUUGGUCGAAAAGAGGAGCAACAAAGUUAUCUUCAUAGAGUCUGAUAAUGAUUUUGUUGAUGUUCUCUUCAGUUUCUUGACAAUUCCAAUGGGAACAAUUAUCAGGCUUGCUUGUACACGUUCAGUACCACUGGAAAUAGGUUGCAUGAAAAAUCUGUAUUCAAGAGUUGAGCAUGCUGAUGCACGUGUUUUCCCAACUGAAUCAUGUAGAGAAAUGUUGUUAUGUCCCCGCAACGGGGUUGAAUCUCAUUGUGAGAAUCUCAAAUUGAAAAUUACCAAUGGUGAUCCCACGCAGUACUUUUUGUGCUCUGAUGGUUGCAACAAGUUAUUUAGUCAUUACAAAGAUGUUCUUUGUGAGUGUGGAAAACCCAUGGAUCGUGAGAUGUCUCUUUCAGUGGGAAAGUUGAAAAGCUCCUCUUUUUCGGAUGAUGGUGUCUUUUGUAAAGGACUUAGCGGAUAUAUAGUAAGUGAUGAUUUAGAAGUGAUGCCCCCAUUAAGCUCACCAGUCUCUUCUUUCCUUACUAAGGUUGGUGUGAUGGAUGCAACCACUACUGAGGAGAUGACUUUCAAUGUAGGAGUUGAUGAGGUUUUGAAUUUGCUUAUAUGCUCAUUUGUGUCUAAAACACCUUUGACGGAUAUUCUGCUGAAGCAUAAACCAGAACCAAAACUGAGCAGUGAAGGUGUUCAGCAAGGAAUAGGUUCUAAGCGGCAAACGACAGGAGACACGGUGAAGGAGGAAAAAAAAAAUUCUGUCAAUCUUUUGGUUAGCAAAUCUAAGAAAAUGGUUUGUUAUGCAGAAGCAAGGGAGGAUUUUGUUAAUUUACUCCUCAGUUUCCUAACUGUUCCGCUUGGGUUAGUACUAAAAGAGAUGCAGGAUAGCUCUUCCUCUACGAAAGGCUGCAUUGAUCAGUUGUACAAGAGUGUCCAAGAUCUUGAUGAGGAAUACUUAAAGUCAAAUUACCACAAGGAAAUUCUAAUCGCUCCCAAGCUUUAUCCUGGUUUUGGCUAUGAUAACCAUCUUUUAGGAAUUGAGGACGGCCAGGAAGCCUUAUAUUGGAAUGCUUAAAUUGGUCUAGUUUGAAAACAUUGAUAUGUAAAUUGAUGAAAUUAAAAUUAUA